AUGGACGACGAAGCCGCCGAAAUCGAACUGCUUGAACAGAAUCUGAACAAGACUCACCAAAUCUCUCAGCGGAUGGUGUCUAUACUAUCUAGCUUUGACACAAGACUGAACAAACUCGAGAAAUCCGUCCUUCCGCUCUAUAACACUACUCAAAUCCUCACGCGAAGAGCCAAUAACAUCGAAAGUGCACUACAGAAGAUCGAUGACGUCGCAAGUAAUCAAGAAGGUAUUGCCGCUGAGGAAGCGUUGAUCCUCCGAGGCCCGCAACCGGGACAGCUUAACGUCUACAAGGAGGCUCUUGAACGUCUCAAUGCUAGUAUCGCUUUCAAGUCGUCUGACCGCGACUCUCGGGAUACAGCUCGACUCGUAGAGUCCGGCGCGAAGAAGCUCACACAACUGUACACCAAGCUUGUCGCCGAAGCCUCUGCAAUCACACCGCCAGCAGGGCCCACAUUCAAUCUCACACCGUUCCCGCAACAGUUGCUCUUAACGCUUGAUCCGCUCACUGCAUUCUUACGAGCGCUUCCCGUCCCAGCAACACAUCCAUCUCAUCCCGCGGCGCAGGCUAUCCAAUCGGCGCUGAAGGAUGCGCAGCGGGGCUAUGCCGAUAUGCGGGGCAACUACGCCAAACGCUGCUUGGAAGUGCAGGCCAAGCGGGUGGUAGAUCGCGCCGACACCAUCGACGGCGUUGCGUCUGGCCGCGAAUUCGGAGCAUGGGUGGAUAACAUGCUCACAGUGGCGGAAGCGGAAUGCAAACUUCUGUCAGACCUAGCGCCGCUCCCCUCACCGCAGCUCAUCUCCUCGGCAUACAGCACCCUUCUCGCGCCUCUUCUCAACCUGUUCAAUUCCACAGUAUCCUCUCUUCAGGCCCUUAUCAAGCGCUCCUUAUCUCGGCACACAUUCCUUGCCCUCUCCGCCUUCGAAUCCACGCAGACUCAGCUCCAACGAUCUCGUGAGCUUCUUGUUGAGCGUGCUGGGAGGAGUAAGGACGACCUCAGAGAUGCCGUGCAGGCUCUUAAGAACGUCUGUCUUCGGAGUUUUCCCGAAUUUUUGGCGGAUGUGAAGAUGGCGGGGCUGGGCUCCGCAAUCGGGCCGGGUGCAUCGCGGGCGGGCAUGGGUAACGAUAUGAGCACGGGUCUUGCAGACUUCUGUAUCACGACGGUAGCUUUUCUGGAAAGGUUCCCGGAAGUGGAAGGGGCUGCUGGAGCUGUACUCGCCGCGCUCGGAGACGGAAAGUGGAAGAUGGGGGAGGGUGUUCAGGUCGGCAAGAAUGCUACCGGACCCGGUGACGUCGAUCAGCGUACUAUCAUCGAGCAUUACAUCUAUGAUGUAGUCAACACCACGAUCACAAGCUUGACGACCAUAUCGCGCAGCCAGCGCCGCCCAGCUUUCGGCACUAUGUUCCUGCUGAACAACGUGACUUACCUCCGUACCCGUCUCCUGGACAAUCCGCGCACGGAUAUUUCGUCGUUAUUAUCCAAACCUGCCCGUGAUGCUCUGAACUCAGCUGCGCGCACUGCUAAAGCGGCAUACUUCGAUUCCAAUUUCUCUCCACUCAUGCAAGCUCUCGCGGACGACCCGAAGGAUAAGGGUCGGAGCGCAGCAAAGGAAAAGGCGACUCGCUUCUUUGAUUUAUUGGAAGAAGUCAGCGAACGCCACAGAGUCGCCAAAGUUCUGGACGGGGAUGAUCAGGCGGAUGAGAGGGAAACGCUGGCAGAGGAAGUGGCCAAGCUUGUUGUCCCAAGCUUGAACAGAUUCACGCAGAAGAAUCGGGAUACGUUCAGCAAGAAUCCACAGAAAUACCUUAAAAUGACGGCGGACGGGGUUGAAGCACAGAUUCGAGGGUUUUAUAAUGUCUCACGCUGUGGAACUGCACUCUACACCCAAAAUGCGUGGCCGCGCAAGAUCACCGUUAACGUCAUUCGUGGAUGCACUCUCCCUCGGAUCAUGCUGAGGUGCAUACUACUGCAAUCACGAGGCUACUUGUGGCUGGUUCCGAGCAUCGGCAUGACUUGUGGCGAGAUCUCCGCCUUCAUCCUCCGUCUGAAAGUUAGGCAUGCGGGUCAUGGCCCAUCGAGGAGGUGAUGCCCAUGGCAAACAAC